GGAGCUAAGGCUGGAUGACGAGGAGUCAAGGGCGGGAAAGGAACUCGGCGGACAUCGUAGCUGCUGGUGGUCUGCUCGUUGCCUCAAAAGGAGACAACGACCGCAAGCGGUGCAACAAGGAAGGGGAAGACGUAGGAGGUAGUGGCGGCGCGCGGCACGGCAGGGCUGCCCGAGGCGCGGGCCAGGCGGGCGAGGGUGGAGGCGCCGCGGGUCGUGGCGGUUGCCGACGAGACGUCGAUGAUGCAGGAGGACGGCGGGCCGAGGUUGCCGAUGAUAGAGGGCGAUCGCGGGGUAGUGGCUGCAGCAAUGGUGCGGCGGAGUGAGUCGCCGCUGCCCAUGGAGGAUGACGGCGAGCCGGUGCGGGCGAAGGAGGUAGGCGAGCGCGGCGGGGCGCGACGGACCGAGACGAUCGAUUAGCGGGCGCGCCGGUGGCACGUAUCGCCGAGAUCGACGACAGAGAAUGAGGUGAAGAAGGAGUUUGCAAAGGAAGGGGAGGACGGCGGCGCUGCCUCUCCUUUCGGAAACCAUGGGUCGCAAUUCCUAGGGAAGGCCAACCAAUAUCCAUUUUUGGUGGGUUGCACGGUUGGAUUGGCUUCCAUCCACAUCGGGCUAAGUUUUGGGCCGAAAGAGAUUUGGGUUAAGUGUUUUGAGAAGCCAAACGGGGUGGGCCGUUGGUACAAGCUGACGAGGUGGGAGAAACUCCUUCAUGCCCAAUGGGCGCAGAAGAACCUGGAGACAAUAGGAAAUGCAGUGGGCUUCAAUCAUAAAAUUGGGCUGCAUUC